AUGGCGAAAAUCGGUGAUAAGUCGAAGAGAGCUUAUGCUAAGACACGCUCUACCCUGAAGCCGAAGGAUAAGGCAAAGAGACUCGCCUGGAGCGAGUCAUCAGAGCUAGACCUGCUGUUAACCAUAGCUUAUGUCAAGAAGAUCAAGCUCAGUGAGGAAGAGUGGAAGGAAGUUGGUGACAGGAUUGGUGGAAGCUGGAACGCCGCCAGACAGAGAUAUGGCACUCGCAUGAGCCACAGGUUCCCUGGUUGGAAGCGCGGUUCGAGGGCAGACAAGGAACUACUCACAUCCUCUGCCAAUCCGCAUGGAUCUGUCGACGCUGGUGUUCAGCCUGGCGAAGCUGACACCACCAUGCACGAUGACAACAACGAAUGGGAUGAUUGCACGUUCGAAGGUGGUGAUAUCGCGCCCGAGAUUCCUGAAGAACAGACUCGUGCUGACCAAGCCGAGACUGGACUUGGUCGUGUCUGUUGA